AUGGUCGUUCAUAUAAUUCGUCCAGAUCUAUCAGUCCCUGAAGAAGUUGGUAAACUUUGUGUCGAUAAAUACUUGUCAAUUCGCACGAUUUAUCCAAAUGGGAAUGUUGUACCAGUAGAUAUUAAAUUGGAUAUACAAGAUUUUAACUAUUGUAUUUUGGAUAAUAACAUAGGAAUGUUAAACCCUAUUCAAAUUUUUCCAAUAAGAAAAAAUUUUUUGUUAGUAACUUAUACGAAUGCCAUAGACGAAUCGGAUCCUUUUAGUUAUACUGAUAGAGCUAUGAUUAUUGAUUUAUAUGGAAAUAUUUACAGUAAUAUUACAUUUGGUUCGAGCUUUGUUGAUGUUGCCACUAAUCAAUGGCAACCACGAGAAGGGAUCUUUAUAAACUUUGAUCCCGACAAAGGAUUUUUCCGUUUCACACCUACAAUGCAUACUGAUACAAUCUGGCAGCAAUACGAUAAUCUGAGCCUUAUAAGUACAGUCGUUUCAAUGGUGGACGGUAGAUACGCAAUUGUAUUUGCAAAUUCUACGGAUACUACAGCCUCACUUGAAAAUCCUUUUAUUCCACGAGGGGGGGUCUACAUUUAUAUCUUAGAUAUUCAUAAAACUAAACGAGAACCAGCUGUUCUUUACCAAACUCCAAUUUCAGGAUUAAAGUUUGUUGGCAUUGAUUGCGGUGCUUCUUACGUAGGAUUUGGACAAACUUGUAUAGUAGCAGGAGUAUUUACAAUUCGUUCUGUUAAUAAAAAAAUUCAUCUUAAAAUUGAUUUUCUUUCAUCUGGAACCGUAAUAAACGUUUUGCCUUUGAUAGAUAAUAUUCAAAGGAAUCCGUUAAUUGAAGAAUAUUUUAUCGAAGCAUUACGAUAUGGAGGUUAUUUAUUAAAAGGAAUUGGAACGGAUGAUAGUGGUGGAUCUUUCAUUGAAGGUUAUAUUUUAAACGGCGAAGGCAUAGUAUAUAGUUGGGACCUUCCAAUGCCUACCGUGAUAAACCCUCUUGGUAUCGCGCAAAUUUUGAGAAAUAAUACUAUUGUAAUUUCUCAACCGAUAGAAAAGCCAUAUUGGACUUUGAUAACCACUACAUUGUAUAAAUUUGAACAAGCAAAAGAUCAUGGUUAUGAAAAUUUCCACAUCGAAGCUACUACUCCGAAUAUUAAUGAUAUUAUUGCCCCCGAUACGAAAUCACUUACAAUUACAUAUAAUAAUAAUGUUGAUUUUUCAGUUGGUCGCAUUAAAAUUUUUCAUGAAAAUGGUAAUUUGCGGCAAAUUAUUAUUGGAAACAACGAGGCAUUCAUAAAUCAAACUGAAGAUGGGAAUUUAACUACGGUCUAUGUCAAAUUAAUUGAGAGCACAUUGAAUCAACCUGAUAGUAAAUACUAUGUUUUAAUUGAAAAUAAUUUUGUAAAGAACCGAGUUUACCAAGAACCUCUCUAUGGUAUAAAAGAAAAUGUCUGGUAUUUCAAUACAACUCGAAUAGAAGAAGAAUUUUCAGAGAGCGCCAAUGGACAAGUUCGAUUGAAUGAAGUGGGAACUGAAUAUUUUAAAAGUCUUAACGAGAACGAUCGCAAAACUUUCUUUGAGAAAUUAAGUCGAGAAUUGGCUGAUGCAAUUCCCAUCAGUCAUGAACGUGUAACUACCAAUGAAAGGAAUGAAACUGACGCUUCGACUCCUAAUAAUCAAAUCUUUUUACCUAUUAAAAUCUUAAAAGAUAAAAUUAGUACUAGAAAAGAAAGAACUGUUAAAUUCGCAAUUCAAGAUUUAGAUCAUUUGAUUAGGAAUAAGUUUAUCACUGUUAUAGGAUCCGGUGAAACUUCACAAUAUUUAGAUGAGAUAUAUGGAUAUAAACAACUUCCCAAUCAGUGGCAAUCGUUUGGACCAGGUCUUCUCGGAGCAUUUGCAGCCGUAUUAGUUUUGGCUUUACUUUUCAUGGCAAAAAAUACCGCAAUUUUUCAAUUUGGUCUUGCUGUAUCUGAUAUUGUGUUAGAUUGGCUUUUUAUCUUUACCAAAUCUAAAAACGUUAAGUUAUUUAUUCCAAGUCUUGUAAUUUUGUUAGUUUCAUUUUUCGUAAGUUUAAUAUUGGCAUUUAGGAUUAUUAGCAAAGAACUAAGAAACGAUAAUGAACAAGCAACAAAAUUUAGAAAAUGGCUUAAUGAAAAUAGUAAAAUUGUAAACGUAUUCAAUAUUUUGGCAGGAACUGAUCUUGAAAUUUUAAAUGUGCUUGAUUCAAAGAUAAUUAUUUUUGGAAUUGAUAAGUUUAAUGCUGGUUAUUCUGAUGAAACAGUGUAUAGAAUUGCUUAUUAUUCUUGCGUAAACAUUAUUCUUGAAGACAUCCCUCAAUUGGUUAUUCAGGUUAUAUAUUUUAGAAGAACGUUGCAUUACGAUAUUAUACCUUUGUUAACACUUAUAUCGUCCUGUUUAAGUAUACUUAGUAAAGUUGUUGAUAAGUAUUACUUAUUCAGAUCAGGGAAAACAAAAUAUGAUGGCAAACUAUCUAAUGAACGUUCUAAUGAAAAGCCUGAUGAUAAAACUUAUGAAGAACCAAAUGAGAAAAUUUCUUUAACUUCUCCUGUUCCUGCCUCUUCUUCCUCAACUUCUUCUCGUACUCCUGCUUCUUAA